AGUGACGGGAACCUUUUACUGAAAUGGCUAUGAUAAAGAGACAACCAUCAGUGUUCCGUUGCAAGCUUCACUUGCCGACUUAACUGCAUAUCCAUUUUCUACCAUGCAAUUUUUCUGAUCUUUAUUAUUCUAGAUAUUUAUUUUAAUACCUAUUUUCUUAGCAUCAGAUUCUCACAUGUUUAUGUGAAUUCAUAUAGUUUACUGCACAUGAAUUUAUACCAGCUAUACUCCAUAUAUAGUGUAGCUGAUGCAUUUCUGCAGGGUAAAUAGAGGUUUUAUCUUACAUUGUAUCUUGUACACUGAUGCUUGUCAAAUGUAAGGAAAUGCGAUGAAAGGGUUUAUCUUUUUGUAUUAUGAGAUUGUCUCAAGAUUGUUUUACUUUGUACGUUUGUUUUCAGGUUGACAAAAUAAAAGAAAUGGCAAGGCAGCUGGCAGCACUUCCAAAAAAACAAUUUGAGAUGUAUCGUACCAAGAAAAUUCUCUCUAGUGAUCACUCUUUUCUGCGGCCAGGCAGCAAUCAAGUUGUCAAGGACAAAUUAAGCACUAGCUUCGUCAGUAAAACUUUCAUUAGUAAUGUUGAGAAGGAUUUAAAUGUUAUUCCAAAUAUAGUGGAUACUCCAAUUAGUGGUUCAGACAAAGUAGAUAAUAACGAAAAACCCAAGACAAACAAUAAGAAGAAAAGGAAGUCAAAGAAAGGAAAAGCUGCGAGUUCUGUUGUGAAUGGUGAAGAACCACUUGCUGCCAAUUUUGAUGCCAAUAGCACAGGAAAACCACUUACUAGUGCUGUUACAAGUGAAACAGGGAAACCAGGCAGUAGUGACGUGGACAUGAAGUUCAAGGUCUCUAGCUCUAGAAAUUGUGGUCCUCUUUGCAUCAGUAUGAAUACAAAUUUAGUAGCAGACAUUUCAACUGGGCAAGAGUUUGAGUCAGGGCAACAUUUCAGCUCAAACAGAACAGAUGUAGCAUCUUGUGGGAGCUGUUCAUCCAAUGAUAGUGGAAUUGUGACACCUAAAGAACUGUUUGUAAGUGAUGAUGGAAAGGAAGUUGAUUCUGGACUGGGUAAGGUUGUUAUGAUAAUAAUAAUAAUAAUAAUAAUAAUAAUAAUAAUAUACUACUGCUACUACCACUACUACUCUUUAUAAUGAUGGGAUGAUGUUCUGAAAAUAUUACUGGAUUGAAAGGCAAAAAUAAUAAACCUUUUUACCAAUAUGGCGGCCAUACUGAAUUUAUUAGAUUUAAGGAGUAUUAUGGGAUGCCCAGAGGGCACUCACUCAGUAUUUACGCGUGCUUUUCGAGCAAAAAGAGAACGUCAUUGUAUAUUUCAAGGGAAAAAGCAAUCAUUAUUACAUCCAAACACAGCACAACGAUCUUUUUUUCCCAUAACAAUCUUUUUCUAGGAAAACUUGAAGAAGAAUUGGUCCGAAAAGCGUGCGUAAAUGCUGAGUGAGUAUAUCAGAUCAUGCUCAUGUCCCCUGGGCAUCCCAUAAUGCUCCUUAAAUCUAAUUCAAUAUGGCCGCCUUAUCGGUAAAAAGGUCUAUUAAGUGGCUCAUAUUUCAGCCAUAUCCUUUUCCCUUUCUUACUUAACUCAAAAAGUCAAAAUAAUAUCAUAAUAUUAUUAUUAAAGCUAACUUAUCAUUUAUACAGUCAUCAUAAUAAUAUAUGAAUGUUAUUAAUUUAAGGAAUAGGCAUAAAACUUAAAGAAAAACAUUCAGUGUUCUAAACGUGUUUAGUGUAAAUCGAGCAAGUGUGAAUAAGGUAAUGGUCCAUUACAACAGUUCAGUCUUAAGGUACUCAUACCAUGGGUUGCAUCUAAGUGUGGACGCAAGACAAAGCAACAUGUUCUGAUAGGGUGCCAGACAUGACGUGUUUUACUGUCAAACAUUUGAAGUUUGACAGCCGUUAAAGCAAACUGUCGUGCCAAAGGUUUAAGUUGUUUCUAUGUUUCUUAUCAGUACUUUAAACACCACACAGUUGCUUUUAAGAAUUGUUCUUUGGAAUAAUAUUAAAAUUAUUAAAAACUCCAGAAACUCUUCUCAACAUCUAAAAAUUCUUGUGAUGAAUAUUUUGUUGAGGGAAAACAAAUCAAGUCAACAAACAGCCACCUACGUACUUUGAACAUUAAUGUUUGAUGCCACCCCAAACUUCAAAUGUUUGUCAGCAAAACAUGUGUGCAUCACGCAAUUAGAACAUGUUUUUUCAUCACGUGUACUUGUUUAGAUGUAACUGACGGUAUUUCCUUCAAAAUCAAGUUAUUAUAAUUGCUGUUAAUAUUUUUUUUUUUUUUUGAGAACCAGAAAUUUUUAAGUGUUCUACUAAGAUUAAGCAAGUGCAACAUUUUGUGUAUUUGCAGGAUCUUAUACUUCUCCUGUUUUCUCCAAAGAGCCUCCAUUUGGAUUCCCACCUUCAUCACAAAAGCUUUUGGAAUCUGCUUUAGGACUGUUGCCAAAUGUGGCACUUGAAAAGGACGAUCCAUCAAUUGCUGCAGAAAAUUCUGAGAACAUUAAAAACGUGUUUCAGCAAUCCCACAAUUUAGGAAAGGCUGGUCAUAUUGAUAAAACUUCAUUGAAAAACAGAGGUAGUAUUUAUACUACUGCCAUAGAUGAUGAUCCUGUCAGUGAUGUGUCAGACACCAAAGAGGUAUGCAAAGACUUUGUUGUAAUUGAAGGGGAUUCUGUGGAUGGCGAUGUUUCAAGUUCCUCUGCAGUGGAGGAUGAGGGAGGGUGGCAGUCUCAAACAAGGAGAUCUCACAGGAGAAAGAAGAAGGAGCUUGCUGCAAGGACAGGCAAAGAAACUCGGAAUCACAUGGAGAGAUUUCAGGGAAAAGACUUUCAUAAGCGUCAGCCUGAAAAUCAGUUUAGGAAAAAUCAUCAUCGGAAGAAAUCUGUUGAUGAUAAAAAGAAUCAUAGCAAGGUAUCAGAUAAAAUGUUGCAGAAUACAGAAAACAAAAAUAACAAUGUUAUAGUUGAAUCUUCACCUGAAUGUGCCAAGAGCCAUUUGCAUGAAAACAUUCCAAAAGGCAAUGAGUCAAGGGUCACAAAUGGACUAAAUGAACCUUCCAGUGAUAAAACUAGUUCUCAAAAGGAAAAUGUGACAACUCAAAGAGUAUUGUCUUACCGAGAUGCUUUACUCAAAGCCAAAAGAAAAGGUAAGAUGUUAUGUUUUAAAAAAUCCACAAAUAAUAUGAGGGCUUUCACUAAUAUCUGAAGCCAUGUACUAUGAGCAUGACUGCUUCUAUUUUUGUUCAAAAGCAAGAGGAACUUACAACCAAAAGUAAUUCCUAGCUGUUCAAUUCUCCACCUACUAAUUAUUAUAGUGCCUAGAAACUUGUCAAUCUUAGUGACAUCCCUGUAUAAUAGUAAUUAUUGUUAUUAGUGUAGUGCUUCUUACAGACCACUCAAGCAUCGCGAUCACAUAGGGAUUCUCCCGAUUUUGCUUGAAAAUCUUGAAUCCCAACCAAUAUGCGAUCAGGACAGGAAAAAUCCGAAUUUUGACAUCUGUUAUUUUCAAAUGUGUGUUUAAUGAUAUUUAGAUUUAAAAAAAAACUCAAGCCAUGAAGGUCUGCCCAGUGAGAGCUUAUACCCUAGUUUCUGUACAUGUGCUAUACGUUAUUCAUGCAAAAAAAAGUUUUACAGCAAAAUUGGUUAAAAGGGAAACAGUGGGAAUCUUCAUUUUUUCUUUAACCAGUGCUAUCUUGGACACUUACCAUAGAUCUGAACAAGCUGACCAGAUUAGCCCAUUUACAAAGAGAACACUACUGCAAAUCUGAACUGCCCAGCCAAAUAAGGCUAUUUCAUAAUAAUUCAGUGUUAAUUUUUCAACCAAAACUCUGGAAAAAAGCUUAUUUCAUUUUCAAGAUGACCUGUCAAGCCAAGUGUACAGUUGAUACUAUGAGUGAAGCAAAAAAUGUUCAACACUCGUUUUCAGUACUAUUAUAAGCUGUUUUUGGAGUGAAUGCAGCAAUUGGUAUUUUUACUUGUAAACUUCACACAUUGUUUUAUUCCUUGAAAUUUGGUUCCCACUCCAUGGCCUAUAUAUGAAGGUUUUCUAAAAUUGUUAGAAAUUCCAAGGGAGUUGGUCUGAAAGCCAACAUUGAAUAAUGAAUGAAGUUCAGAAAACAUUUCCAGAGGAGUAGAGUGUAAACCAAAACCUAGUCACAGCUUUGGUCAAGAUUUUCUAAAAGAAAAACCCUCUUAUUCAGUGUUACGUAAUAGAAUAAAUAAAAUGCAAUCAAAAGAGUAAACUGCCUUGAAACUAUCUCUCCUGUUAAGUUUUUUUUUAUAACUUAACAGAUGGUCAAACAAGGCUACAGAAAUUGAGCCUAAUCCUUGAGAACCACUGCCUUGUCUUGAACAUGCAAAUCAGUGGGGUUAAGGUUAGGUACAGUAGUGGCAAGUUUUUAAAUUGAAUUCUAGGUCCUCUGAUUUGACUGGGUCUUUUAGUCACUUUGAAAGGUCACCUCUAAUGGAUGAUAAAGCUACUCUAAAUAAUUUUCAUUUUCUCUUCAAUAAUUGCCAGACAGAUUUCCUCAUCUGGUAUUCAGUUAUUCCCAGCACUAAACCAUUACCCUAAAACUGUUAAAAACACUCAGUCAAACAAUUAAAACUGUCAUGAAAAAAUAAAGCCCUCAAAUGGAGUUCCAGGAUAAAAUAAGAAGUUAAAUUACAGUCAACUCUCUCUAAGACAGACACCUUUGGGACGGGCACGAAGCUUUCGUCUGGGAUUGUCCAUUUUACUGAGGUGUGCACAGGUGUUAUAGAGGUGCUUGUUAAGAGAGAGUCGUCUCUACUUAACUAUUUACUUAUAUGUAUGUGGGUCUAUUGUUUUACAAAACCAAUAAAUACUCUUUAUUUCAAUAGUUGAGGGACCUGAGAGUAGUGACAGUGGAGUGGAUGCUAAUAGUGUCAGCUCAUGUGACCUUAGUAUUGUUCAGCCUGCAAUGCAGACUAAUGCAUUUAACCAACAGCAAUGUGUUGAAUAUUUACGAAAUGGUGAGUAAAACUCCUGGGCAACUCAAUGCAAACCCUUUUUCAUUUUUGCCAAUAUUUAUAUGGCAGCUCAUUUAAACUCUCCCAGCAGUUUGAUGUAUGAUCCAUCUCAGGGCAAUCUGCCACUGAUUUCAGCUUGCUUCUAACAAGAUGCAUUUGUGUUGGGGGGGCGGGGAGGGGAUUCAGGGAAACAAAGCCAUUUUUACCAGUGGUAGGUUUUGUAUAUUCUGUUUCUUCAUACAUACAUGUACUACUGAAAACCAAGGAUGUUACAACUGGAAUGAAGCUUCUUAAAAAACUUUUUAAUGUAUGGUGUUAUUAUAGAUCUUUAAUAUUACAGUGGAACCCUGUUAACACGGGCACCAUUGGGCAGAAGAAAAAGUGGUCGUAUUAACAGGGUAGCUUUAACUAGGGUUGUUUUACAAGAAAAUGUAUGGCAGUUUUUACUAGGCAGCCCAAAAGAAGUGGCUGUAUUAACAAGGUGGCCGUAAGGCAGGGUCCACUGUACCAACCAUUUUUUAACAUAUGCUAAUCAAUAACAUUGUAGCUUGGUAAACUGGUAUUUGACUUUUGCAUUUGUCUUGGACAGUGGAUCUGUUCUUGUAGUUGCUAAUAUAAAUUGAGGUAAAGUGAACAUUAAAUAAGUAACUCCUGAUUAACUUAUAUGUAUCAUGUUUAUUUUUCUUGUUGUUUCAGCGUGGAAAAAAGUUAUGUCAAAUGCCAAGCAAGGUAAGUACAAUAGAUGUUGGAAUAAAUAAUUUGUGUGUACUGUUAUGAGAUUUACAACUGUCAAAUAUAAAAUAUCCAGACAUUUUGGGAUGCCAUCGUAGUUUGGAAAGCCAUAGAAAUUGGGUUAUAACAAGGAUACUCUUAUCUUAAUGGAAACAAUAAUUUACAGUGUUGAGGAAACUCACUACACUUGUUAGUUUUGAAGAUAAUUUAUUACAUAUGUUUUGGCAGUCUUCAGUUAACUGUAACUUAGAACGUUAACAGCAUUUAUUUGCUGCAGCAAUGUUUUCAAAAGGCCUGAGAGGGUUGUGUGUUUCCUAAUUUUUUCCACUUGCAGGACAUUAAGGCAAUGUACAGUAGUUGUGUUUUUAUUAAGGCCAAGCCAUGAAAUACUUGAUGGCAAACUUUAUUUUGUUUUCUCUCUUUCUUUUCAGGUUUAGUUGUUUAUUUCAGUGUGGAUACAGAUCCUGUGUUGUGUGAACAAAAGCGUAAAACGCUUGCAUCUAGUAACCACCCUGAUAAUUCCUCUAAGAUAUACAAAGCUAAGUAACACCACUAUUAGCACUAAAAAAGGUGACAUUCAAAUAGGCAAAAUGCAGUGUGUGAAUAGGAAGGAAAUCCAUGGUUUGGGGCUUGUACUCCCAUGUCUUGCUGGGGAAGGAAAUAUUAAUAAUAUUUUGAGUGUGAAAUAAACUCUCCAGCGUGCACGUUAACCUAAAUUAUUGUUGUACUGGAAUCCUGACAUGUAGUUUUCAAUUUUGCACUCAAAUGUCCAGUCAGUUUGUUUGUUAUGUUAAAUACAGUAAAAACCCACGAUUAAGAACAUGCAUUUUCCCAAGUUAGCCUAAACAGAUGCUCGCGUAAAUGGUAUAACACAAAUUUGGGCAGUUAGGUUUUUUAAUAGGUUCUUAUUAAAUUUUGUUAGCCUGAAUUUCAGGCGAUUACUUCAAGUUGUUUUUACUCCCUCAGUAAAAACGACCUGAAGAAAUCAUCUGAAAUUCAAGCUAUAUUUUCUUAAGAAAAAAAUUUAAAAAAUUUGUUGUAGCUAAGAGCAUUUAGUGGUAUAAUCAGCUUAUUUCUUAUAUAAAAUCUGCAUACCAUUACAUUGCAGUUGGAGUUAAAAUGCACCUAUGUCCUCAAAGAGGAUCCUGAAAGUUGACUUAUCCUACCCAAUUGUAAAGAUUUUUUUAAAAAUAAGAACCUGUUUCAAAUUUUAGGCUAAACAGGUUAUUGUAUAGAGGGGGCCUAACUGGCAAAUUUUAGGCCAACAGAUUCUUAAACACCAGGGUUCUUAGUCGCGGGGUUUACUGUAUUGUCAUAUAAAUGGUCUUACGUCUAAUUUCUACUAAAGAAUCAUCUAUUUUUCAUAUAGUCUUCUAAGAAUUUAUCGAGUGGUUGUUCAACAUCAUUCAGAGUUUUGUAUGUUUUAAUCGUUUAAUUUAUUUGAAUGCCUCAUUCUAACAAGCACCAUCCACUUCAACUGGAAAAAAAGAUGUAGAAAAAGUGGAUUGGUGUAAUAUUGAUCCAUUCUGAUUCGUUUUUCACAUCAGUUUGGCAAAUGUUUUCUAUCUUGAGUUUAUUUGAGUCAACUGAAAACAUCUAGUUAUAGUACUUUCAUCAUGGAAGCAAGACAGUUAGCGUCCUUUUCUAUACUUUCAUUGCUUUCCAUUUUGCAAGAAAAAUUUAUAUAUUUUCAGAAACUCCUCCGGGACUUUCGAGAAACGGGCCCCUGGAUUGUGAUAUGAAAAUUUGUAUCGCAUUAUUUUCAGCCAGUGUAUAUCAUGAAAAAGACAACUGCUUAUGAUUAACUGUUGCACAUGGUACUUUUGCAGCAAAAAAUAGGAGGGAUCGUGACUUUAAAAAAAGCCUUUGGCGCAUGGAACGCUUCAAGGCUAUGAUCAAUUUUGGCGCAUGAAACGCUUCAAGGCUAUGAUCAAUUUUGCCACAGCAAUAGUAGUUUUUUAUGCUAGUUUAUAAGGUAUUUGUAAUUUUGCAUCAAUUUGUGCCAUAAAAAGUACAAGGUAUCUCCUUUUCUGCUUCUCAGUGCUUGACUAUUCAGCAAAUUCUUCUCAAUUUCAACUUUUUGGUAGUACAAUAGUGUUAAUGACUAAAACAAGGUAAUAUGUUUUUUCUGUCAUUGACCAUAGGAAUGUGAAAGAAAAAAUUCCAGCAGCAUGUAAUCGUUAUUUAUUUGUCGCUAACGAUAUUUUGGUUUUCAAUUUUCGUCUACAUCAUGUUUGUGAAGUUCUGCUUGUCAUGUCUUCAUUCUUCCACAGUGUAUUCUCUUUUCUGUUGAAAGCAAAAUAGAGCAAAAACAUUUUUCCGUAUGGUUAUUUCAGCUGUUCUUCUGUUAGAGCAUUUGAUGCUCUUGCCAACAUCAAGACACUAUUAACUUAUUUGUUCAUUGUUUUCCAUUAGAUUUUAUUAUUUUUCUGAAGUGACUUAGAUUGUUUUGACGAUUUUUGUGCCUUAGCUGAACUCUAUUUAACUAUUUUAGCAAAAGCGGCCAAGAACGAAUUUAGGAAAAACGUCAAAUUUUAUUUUGCAAAUAAAAAAAUUAAAAAAGGAAGAAAAAUUAAACAGACAUAGCGAACUUUUAUUUGGAUUAUUUAAGAUUGAUAUUUCAGCACGUGAUUGCACUUCGUCCUAAAUCAAUUAAUGAGUGGUUGCAGUCGAAAAUGAAUUCUAAGCUGAUAAACAGUUUAGGAUAUAUAUUUUCAAGCUGUGCUUGAGUACUUUAAAAAGUUAUUUCAUCUGGUAAGGGGAAUUUUCUUGAAUUAAGCUCAGUAAUUGCCGAUACCUUUGAAGCGAAAACGAAAUCAUUCGAUACAAUUUCAUAGGGCGGAAUGAUUUUUCUCUAAGUAUUUUUUAUUCAACAUGAAAUAUUAUUCCUUCACUCGUCGCAUGCGUUUGAAGUUUUCACUCUAUUUUUGGUUUAUACAAUGUUUGAAAUUCAACUAGCCAUAUUCUACAUAUUCGUCGGACUUUAAAAUAAAAUUUUAUUGCCGAGCCUUGGUUGAGAACAAAAUUCUUUACAUUAACUCCGUGUUUAUUCCACCUUUCCUUUUCUGUAAAUUUAUUUUUGUAAGGCAUCCUAAGCUUGCGAUUUAAAAUGAGAUUUGGUGGAGAAAGUUAGCCCUGUUAACCGUAAUUGUACGGAAUGAAUUUUCGGUGAAACAGUUCCCUCGGUGAAUGUUCCGGUGAACAUUUUCCUCGAUUUUUAUGGAAAUUUUAGUUAUUAGAGAACCUUGGCAAAUACUGAUAAUUUCUUCUUUGUUUUUUUAUUUUAAUGAAACAUGUACUAAUGACGUAAGGGCCAUAUUCGAGUGAUAUUCCUGUGAACUUGAAAGACGGUUUUUCUGUGUGUUCCUUGUACCAGUACUCGAAAAGCUUUGCUUGACUUCUGGGAAAAAUUCCUAAUGCUUUUAAGUUUCUUAAUUGAAUAACCUACCAGAAAGCUAGGUACGUUUUGGCGCGCAUUUCAGAAAGCCAACCCAAAAUUCCUCGAGUCGCCGUUUCGCUAUUUAGAAAGGCGAUAAAAUGUCUACCUUUUAGUUCACAAGAAAGCAAUUCGUAUAUAGUUCUCUAACUAAUAUGCUUAUUGAGCGGUUUUCAGGCAUGUUGCGAAAAAAAAAACGGAAUUCUUUCUGUUGUACUUGGGAGUGAAUUUCUGAGUUAAAUUAAAAAGAUAGUUCUGAUUAUUGUGAUGUUAUGAUUUGAAAACCUGCUCUCUGGUCGAGGCAGUAAUUUCUUUUCCUACUCUUAUGUAUGUAAAGUGAACUAAGAAAACAAGCUUAUCCAUUUUUUUAAUUUCAAACUACCAGUUCUUUGCAAUAGUUUGAUAGGCUGUUAUUGUAAAAGGGCCAACAACUGGCUAACAAUUACUUGUAAUCUAAUUUAUUACUGAAUUGCACAAGAAUGCAUUUCACUGGGAUCAUUUGGUGUUUGAGAAUUGUGCAACCUUGAAAAAGGGUGAGUUUAAUAAAAAUGUUUUUGUACG